AUGGACCUGGUGAUUAUUGAUCGCAUGCAAAAUCAAUGGGAUACAUGGUUAUCAUCUCGCAAAUAUUACUUUGGUUACGCUAACACCCAAUUACCCUUAGAAAGUGAACUUCAAGAAGACAAUCAAGUUGUUAUCAUUUCUUCUCCAGAUUUCAACAUUCACAUGAAGGAGCAAUCUUUUACUAGGUCAAGAACCGCAGCUGCUGUCAUCGAUACAAAUGUAUCAGGUACUUUAGUAUCCCGAUCAGUAAAUUUUCCAAAAGAUUUUAUUUUUGGAGUAACAACUUCAGCGUCUCAAAUCGAAGGAGCGUGGAAUGAAAGUGGAAAGGGUGAAAGUAAUGUUGAUUAUCGUACACACUUUUGUCCCGAAAGUAUAAAAGAUCAUUCGACUGUUGAUAUAGCGUGUGAUUCUUAUCAUAAAGUUAAUGAAGAUUUAAAAAUUAUUCGUGAAUUGGGUGUUCAAUCAUAUCGAUUUUCAUUGUCAUGGGCCAGAAUUUUACCGGAUGGUUUUUCGAAUCAUAUAAAUAACGAUGCCAUACGAUACUAUAAUGAAUUAAUUAAUGGUUUAAUUCGGUACAAUAUUACACCGUUAGUUACCAUUUUUCAUUUCGAUUAUCCAGAAUGUUUGCAUGAAAUAGGAGAUUGGACAAAUACAAAUAUUAUUGAGUUUUAUGUGGAUUAUGCAAGAGUAGUAUUUGAAACAUUUGGUGAUCGUGUAAAACAUUGGAUUACUUUUAAUGAACCGCAUAUAUUAUGUACUUACAUCAAAGUUAAAAAAAGUACAGUUAUAUUCGAAGGUUUAGAGCCAUAUUUAUGUGCUUACACAAUAUUAAUUGCACAUGCCAAAACAUAUAACAUGUAUAAAAAUGAUUUCUUUGUUAAUCAAAAAGGGAAAAUUGGUGUAGCAUAUGACAUGGGUUGGCUAGAGCCAAAAACGAAUAGUAAGGAAGAUAUUGAAGCAGCAAAACGUGGUUACGAAUUUCAGGUGGGUUUGUAUGCAAACGCAAUUUACUCAAAAGAUGGAGAUUUUCCAGCAAUUGUUAAAGAACGUGUUGCGUACAUGAGUGCCCGUCAAAACUUAUCAAAAUCACGAUUACCAAAACUUACAUCAGAGGAAAUUAAAUAUAUUCGUGGUACGGCAGACUUUCUUGCCAUUAAUCACUACAAAACAUCUUUAACAUCUGAACCAACUAAUGAUAGUUCAACAGAAAUUUCCUAUGUCGUCGACACACACGUAACGGAAGAAAAUGAUCCAUCUUGGCCUACUGGUGAAAAUGGUUGGCCUAAUGUUCCUUGGGGCAUGUAUAAAUUAUUGGUUUACAUUAGAGAUGCAUAUGGAAAUCCCACAGUUUAUAUAACAGAAAAUGGAUUCACUGAGAAUUCUUUGCAAGAUAAUGGGCGAAUCAAUUUUCUUCAAGGAUACAUUGAAAGUGUUUCAAAUGCUAUUGCGGUUGGAUGUAAUGUUGUUGGCUACUACGUUUGGAGUUUAAUGGACAACUUCGAAUUUUCAUCUGGUUAUACGGUACAUUUUGGAUUAUAUCAGACGAAUUUUACCGAUCCAAACCGCACUCGCACUCCAAGAGCAUCUGCGAUUUGGUACAGAAAUUGUAUAAAAAAUUAAAAAACGGAAG